AUGGUUAUUUGGACCAAAGGCUGCACUUCUCCCGACGCUUACCUUGCGUACUCUGAUAUACGACAACAAGUCUCUCGCUCGACCGUCUCCACCUUUCCUCAAGCUGAGCUGUCAACGCCGGCUUGUCUCAAAAGCGCAAACCCCUUGAGAGCUGUUUUCAAGAUGGUUUUCAAAUCGCCCUAUCCUUCGUUGGAAAUACCGAAGACGAAUGUCCUUUCCUAUCUUUUCCCCGAAAACUCAACACCAUCUAGCGAGCCUCUCUGGAUCGAUAGCGAAGAUGACCGCAUCAAUCUAUCGCCACGACAAAUGCUACAGUGGGUGAAAAGAGUUGGCAUGGGCCUUCAGAAGCUUGGACUUCAAAACGGGGAUGUCGUUAUGAUGUGCACACCAAACCAAAUAUUCGUGCCGGUGGCCUACCUUGGCAUUGUGUCUGUCGGGUGCAUCUUUAGUGGCGCCAACCCAGCAUACACAGUUCCUGAGCUUGUCCACCAAAUGACUAACACCGCGGCCAAGGUGGUGCUUGCUCACCCAGCCUACAUCAAACGGAUUCUUGAGGCGGUUGACAAAUCUAACAUUCCCCGGAGCCGGGUUUUUCAGUUCUCAGAGAAUGAAAACGAAUCACGAGACGGAGUUCCAGAUUGGAGGCAAAUGCUGGGCAGUCCGACCCAGGCAGAUUCUUAUCGUUGGCCAGAACUUGACGCGGAAGAAUCGACCAGAACGAUUGCAACCAUCAAUUAUUCCUCGGGAACUACCGGACUUCCCAAAGGAGUGUGCGUCUCUCAUUAUAACCUCAUAGCCAACGUCGAACAGACAAUUUUCAUGAGAUACGCAGAAAAGCCUUACAGUUUUGCGCGUCGGCCGCAGGAGAGGUGGAUCGGGUUCUUGCCCCUUUAUCACGCCUACGGUCAGCUUUACGCCAUACUCAUGGCCAUGAGGUUGAGCAUCCCUAUUUAUGUCAUGAAAGAGUUCCGAUAUGAGGACUUUCUCUUCGCGGUGAGCAAGUUCAGAAUUACAACCUUGCAGGUGGCGCCGCCAGUUUUGGUGAUGCUUUCGAAGCGUCCAGAAACUGCCCGUUACGACUUAUCAAGCGUCAAGGAAAUGCUCUGUGGAGCCGCCCCCUUAUCGCGAGAGCUUCAGAACGAGUGCCAAAGAAGAUUUUCGAUGCAGAUUAACCAAGGAUGGGGGAUGACGGAAGUGACUUGUGGAGGUAUCGUGGUCCCUGGUGGCGUUAAGGAUGACAAUGGCAGUGUUGGCAAGUUGAUUCCGAACUGCGAGUGCAAGUUGAUCGACGACGAGGGCAAGGAGGUUGGCUUUGGUCAACCGGGCGAGCUCUGCAUCCGAGGUCCCAAUAUCUGUCUCGGUUAUUGGCGCAACGAGACUGCCACCCGGGAGACGCUGGACCAAGACGGAUGGCUUAAGACUGGAGAUGUCGCCGUCUGCAACGAGGAAGGCUAUUUCUGGAUCGUGGAUCGAAAGAAGGAACUAAUCAAAGUCAACGCUCUACAGGUCGCCCCCGCCGAGCUGGAGGCCGUCUUGUUAGAAAACGAACAUGUCGCAGAUGCUGCCGUGGUUGGAAUUGCCAUUGACGGAAAUGAGUGGCCCAGAGCCUAUGUUGCCAUCCAAGACGUGUCGAGAGGGAAUGUCAAGCCCGAAGACAUACAAGAAUGGGUCAAGCGGCGUGUUUCCAAGCACAAGGCGCUGGUAGGCGGCGUGGUAUUCGUUGACGAGGUUCCAAAGCUGGUCAGCGGCAAGAUCCAGAGGAAAGUGAUGCGAGAGUGGUCCAAGAGGGAUGCUGCGGCCUUAGCAGAGUCGAAAGGACCCAAGUCGCAUUUGUGA